AGUCACACUUUCUAGUUUCUACCAACCGAAGAAGAAAAAAGGUUUUAUAAAACAAAUAUCUUCUAUCGAUUCUCGAUCGUCCCCGGUUUUAGCACAAGGUGCCGGUUUAACGUGCGUCGCCUGAGAUGUUGCCGGCUUAUGAUAAGAAUCUAACGGUGUAAGAAAGGUCAGUGGUGGUAAAAGUUUAUCAAAUCAGUUUAUCAAAUCAGACGGCUCCCCUUUUUUCUGUUGGACCCAACUUGUAAAAUGGAGAGCCAAAAGAGUCAGGCGAAACUAACGCGAACACAGUCGUCGUUGCUCCGUUCAUCACCAACCGUCCGAUCUUCUACCCGAAGUAUGUCGUCCAUCGCCGAGGAUGAAUUUGGAAAAGACCUGGAAGACCAGAGUCGAGAGUCCCUACUGAAAGAUGAAAAAAAAACGAAACUGCCACCAAAGAAAACCUAUUCGAUGUUGCCGAGGAUUAUACUGGUCCGGUUCAAACCGUUUUUCGUCAUCGUUUCAAUUUCUUUCUUCACUCUGUUCUCUUUCAUCUUCUUCUUUGGUUUUUAUCUACAAAGAGAAGAAAUCCCCACGUCGGAAAAUCUUUUGUUAGCCUUAAUCUUCUUCGCCGUAACCCUUUUUUUAGCUUCAAAAAACAAAGCUUUGAUAAACCAAGGAAUUGUUUGUUUCAAGGAAAGACUCCACUUUUCCAAACCUAAUUCGAAACCUGUCGAAUGGUUCAUUGGAGAAACCCAAUGCAAUAGAAACGCCAACAGAGAAACAGAAAGGGUUCUGCUGGUUGUAAGAGAAGGAGUGGAGUUCUACAAUAAUGGGGAUUUUUAUGAAGGUGAAUUUCAUAAGGGAAAGUGUAAUGGGAGUGGGGUUUAUAACUAUUCCCUGAAUGGGAGUUACGAAGGCGACUGGGUAGAAGGCAGAUAUGAUGGGUAUGGAGUAGAGAGCUGGAGUAGAGGGAGUAGAUAUAGAGGACAAUAUAGACAGGGUUUAAGGCAUGGGUUUGGAGUUUAUAGGUUUUAUACUGGGGAUUCAUAUGCUGGGGAAUGGUGUAAUGGGCAAAGUCAUGGUGUUGGUGUUCAAACUUGUGCUGAUGGGAGUUACUAUGUUGGGGAGUUCAAAUCUGGGGUUAAACAUGGACUUGGCUACUACCAUUUCAGGAACGGCGAUAAAUAUGCCGGAGAAUAUUUUGGAGAUAAAAUGCAUGGAUUUGGAGUUUAUCACUUCGCUAAUGGACAUUGUUACGAAGGCUCGUGGCAUGAAGGUCGAAAGCAAGGGUAUGGCGUGUAUACUUUCAGGAGUGGUGACACCAGAUGUGGUGAAUGGGAUUCCGGCAACCUUAAAACCCCUCUACCGCAACUAACGGAUGUAGUCAUUCGAGCAGUUCAGGCUGCUAGAAAGAAAGCUGCAGAUUCCGUUCAUCUUCGCAUGGUCGAUGAACAAGUGAAGAAGGCCGUUCUGGCGGCGAAUAGGGCUGCAACAGCCGCUAGGGUUGCUGCAGUGAGAGCUGUUCAGAACCGGACGGAUUCCAAAUUUUGUGAUACAAACGUUCAAGACAUUAGCUUUGUUUGAAAAUGUAAAUCUUUAUAACAAAUUUCAUGUACUUUGAAGAGGUAACCCCGGUGAGCAAAAGCUCAUUGGAGGUUGAGAGAUUAUAUUUGAGAUUUUCAUUGAUUACUUUGUAUAUACUCUGGUACAUCAAUGGAAGGUCAGUUUUCGACA